CUGCCAGUAUAACUAACAGUAACCUGCAAACUUUAUUCUAAACAUUUUACAUCACAGUCCAACAAACACACAUAUAUAAUGUGUAUACAUAUAUAAAAGUGAAACAAAGGUUUUGCUCAAAACAUCUACCCUGAGUGUUAAUUCUUUUUAAGACUUUUUUUUUUUUUAAACUAAGGCUGAACUGCACUGACACAUCAUAAUCACCGAAGUCCCUAGUUCAUCUUGGGGUUCGCUUUAUGAAGUGAAUAGUGUUGCACGUUCUAUGGGUUUGGACAAAAGUAUGAUGACAUAAAAUCAUUAUAAUGUCAUACAGAGUAUUUUCACCGCUCAUAAAAACUUCUGUAUUCUAUGUAUGACGGAAUCUAUUUUUCUUUCUUCCUUGAAGAGAGGGGUUCAAAGCCUUUAUGCCUAUAACACCACUCAUGGCCCAGCCACACGUGGACCGGACAGGCUCCAGGUGGCAAACAAACACCCCCACUAAAUACUGUAGCUUUCCUUCCAGUACUGAGCCCUGUGCCACUGGUCCUGCCCAGCAGCCACGUGCAGGUGAAGGGGGGAUACGUGUUGGGUAUCUGUUCAUAGGAAGGCCACAAGGUUUGUGCCCCUUGUCACAAUGAACCCUGAUUCCUGUCGGGUGUGUUGUAAACAGAUGAGCCAUUUCUACAGACCCCCUGCUCUGAGCACACCCCAAAGGCUGUUAUUUUGUUUAGAGCAGCAUAUGUAAGGCCUCAGCAUAGCUGCCUUGGGUAUAAAGUUGUGCCACAUCAAACCAGGUGCCCUUCAGUUCACCUUGUUAAGCUGAAUUAUUAAAGAGACUUUUGGUUUCUGUGUUGCAUUAAGAGAAAGCUAGAAAGUGGUGUUCUCUUUUUAAGAUCAGAAUGGCCUUCCUUGCUUCUAAAGAACUGGAUGGUGUGGAAGAACAACACUCGUCUCAAGUCACCUGUUCCCCGAGCUCCUUUCCACUGCCCCAGGCACAGACCAGGCUCCUGGGGGCGGUGACCCGCUUCUGGCCCCUGGGACUGGUCCUGGCCAACGCCGCUGCGGGUGCUUGUGGCUUCCGGAGGAAGCUGGUGGUCUUCGCCUGCCUCCCGCUUCCCGUGGGCAGCCCCAGCAGCUACACUGUCCAGACAGCACAAGAACAAGCUGGAGUCACGUCCAUCCGAGCGCUGCCUCAGGGUUCGAUAAAGUUUCACUGCAGAAAGUCUCCACUGCGCUAUGCUGACAUCUGCCCUGAACCUUCGCCCAACAGUGUUACUGGCUUUAAUCAGAUCCUGCUGGAAAGACACAGGCUGGGCCACGUGUGA